UGAGCCCGGGCGGCGAUCGCGGCAGGCGCUCGGCAGCCGCUGCCCACCCCCCCCCCCUCACCUACCCCCCCCCCCAGGCUUUCGGCGCGGUGGCUGCGGGCUGGCUCUCCAGAAUCAUGGACUGUGCUGAUAUGCCUUGCUUGCUGUCAAGACACCAUGAUUCCUGGUAACCGAAUGCUGAUGGUCAUCCUACUAUGCCAGGUCCUGCUAGGAGGUACUAACCAUGCUAGCUUGAUACCGGAGACCGGCAGGAAGAAAGUCGCAGAGCUCCAGGGACAAGCCGGAUCCGGACGCCGCUCUGCCCAAAGCCAUGAACUCUUGCGGGGUUUCGAAACAACUCUGCUGCAGAUGUUCGGGCUGCGAAGGCGGCCUCAGCCCAGCAAGUCAGCCGUCAUUCCUAGUUACAUGCUGGAUCUCUAUCGACUCCAGUCUGGAGAAGAGGACGAGAGCCUCCAGGAAAUUAGCCUGCAGUACCCUGAGCGAUCGACCAGCCGGGCGAACACCGUGAGGAGUUUCCACCAUGAAGAGCACCUGGAGAACGUCCCGGGUCCCAGCGAGGCUCCCCGGAUCCGCUUCGUUUUCAACCUCAGCAGCGUGCCGGAAAACGAGGUGAUCUCCUCGGCGGAGCUGCGGCUGUACCGGGAGCAGGUGGAGGAGCCGAGCGCGGCGUGGGAGAGGGGCUUCCACCGGAUAAACAUUUACGAAGUGAUGAAGCCGCUGUCGGAGCGAGCUCAGGCCAUUACGCGCCUGCUGGACACGCGUCUGGUGCAUCACAACGUGACGCGCUGGGAGACCUUUGAUGUGAGCCCGGCCGUGAUCCGGUGGACCAAGGACAAGCAGCCGAACCACGGGCUGGUGAUCGAGGUGACCCACCUCCACCAGGCACAGACUCAUCAGGGCAAACACGUCAGGAUUAGCCGUUCUUUACCUCAAGGGGGGAGCGGGGACUGGGCGCAGCUCAGGCCCCUCCUGGUCACUUUCGGGCACGACGGGCGAGGCCACUCGCUGACCCGCAGGGCCCGCCGGAGCCCCAAGCACCAGCGUUCCCGCAAGAACAAAAAAAACUGCCGCCGCCACGCCCUCUAUGUGGAUUUCAGCGACGUGGGCUGGAACGACUGGAUCGUGGCACCCCCGGGCUACCAGGCGUUUUACUGCCACGGGGACUGCCCCUUCCCUCUGGCCGACCACCUCAACUCCACCAACCACGCCAUCGUGCAGACGCUGGUGAACUCGGUGAACUCCAGCAUCCCCAAGGCCUGCUGCGUGCCCACGGAGCUGAGCGCCAUCUCCAUGCUCUACCUGGAUGAGUAUGACAAGGUGGUCCUGAAAAACUACCAGGAGAUGGUGGUGGAGGGGUGCGGGUGCCGCUGACCCCCUUCCCCACCCCCCUCCCCCUCUCCUCCCCUUCUCUCUCCCCUUCCCACCCCAACCCCAGAACUGCUUGCUACAGCUGGACUCUCCUCUAAACUAAACGUUCACCUUGACCUUAUUUAUGACUUUAUGUGCAAAUGUUUUUGUUUUGUUUUUUUUUUUUUGACAAUAAUGAUCAUAUAUUUUGACAAAAUAUAUUUAUAACUACGUAUUAAAUGAAAAAAAAAAUAAAAUGAGUCAUUAUUUUAAAGGUAAAA